UAAUAUAUAGCCACCCAAACGCCUCCGAAGGAGAGCUAGCAGCUCAAGGGCAGCUGCUUCACGAAUGCAUCAACUGCCGAUUAGAGCCCUGAGCGGAUCUCAGAAGAACCGACGGGAAACUCAGCGGACCUGGGAUGCGUUCCAUUUCGAACACUUCGAAGAGUUUACGAAACACUUACGGCGAGCUCGCGAAUUAUGCUUCAGUGAAAAUUAAUUCUGACGUGGCCGAUAAAAGCGAUUCAAUAUUUUUUGUUGUACCAAAGGAACCUGGGUUUGACUCGCAUCGCGUCAUUAAUGAUAUCAUAAAUGCGAAUAGACACGGUUUCAGUCAUGAAGUCGAUCAUCCGCAGAACGUACCUAAUUAUUUUACAGACGAUAACGUUAAACACAACACCGAAUCUGCAAAUGACGAUGCUGCAUAUAUACUUUAUCAUCUUCUUAGGAAUACCAACAACAACUACCAUUCCGAUUUCAAAGAGGCGAAAGACAGCCUUCGUUCUGCUCUCAGAGACCAAUGCCAGAAAGUAAAACGCUGCGUCCUACAAUGUCAAAAGAAUCAGAUAGAUUGCCCUGUUAUCUGCAAAGAAAGUUACGACGAAUUCAACAUUUGCGCAUCGUAGAAGCCAAAAAGAUGCAAAAAAACGAAAUGCGGAAGGACUUUGCCACCAAAUUGGUUGUAAACGUAUUUGAAUUUUCGAAUUAAACGAAUAAUCCGUU